AUGAACCUUCUGGCACUACCCUCGGAGCUCAUAGCCCAUAUUGCUCGCCAUCUUGAUGAUGUCGAUGUGUUCAGUGUCCGCCUUGGCCACCCAAACCUGGAACGAGCGUGCUUCUCGCUCUUUGGUCAACGCUUCUUCCGCAAGAGAGGCUUUCUCAUUCUCCAUGCGUCGCUAGAUGUUUUGCAAUCAAUAGCCGAGCAUCCGGAGCUGAGAAAGUACAUGCAACACGUCUGGUUCAACCCAGAUUACUACACUUUCCUACCACCAGAUUGUUGUGACGAUCUCCCGGAUGGAUACGAACUGCCAAAGAUAUGGACGGAAGACGCUGCGAGGGCAUUGGCACCACACGGUCGUUACAAGGAGAUUGCAUCUUUUAUGGCCCACAGUCGCCAGUACGACAAGCUCUUGAACACUCGCGAGCUUGAGCGGCAACUUGCCAAGGCAUUUCAAGGCUUGCCCAACCUCAUGACGGUAGGGAUGCGUAGGAGCGAGGACUACGCACCAUAUGGCUGGAGGCUGCUGAAAGACGCCAUCGGUCAGGACCCGCGAGUUAUAGGACCGAUAGAACGCCAGACAGCCCUGCAAAUGUCCGGACCGACUUGUCUCUUCGUUGCAAUUGUGAGAGCUUUGGCGGGAAUCGAUCGACCGCUCGAGCGCUUGUAUACAGAUGCAAUCGAGCUAGAGCGUUUGCCAGCGAAGCUCCUGUCCAGGAUCAAUAUGACCGCUGCGCUAGCUUCAAUGAAAUAUGUGGAGCUCAAUAUCGUCAAGGGCUGGCAGUCUCAGGCCGGUUACGAUAGCGAUGAGUCGGAUCGGAGUGAGUCGGAUGCAAGCAAUCACAAUUGGCAUCACAAUCGUGGUCACUAUGGACAAGGCCUGGUGAAGUUCUUCAAGGCCACACCCCGUUUACUCGAACUUGGCCUUCAGAUUUUUCCCGACCAGAUGCAGAGUCAUCUCGUGGCUCCCACCCCUCGCGACCCGUCCAGCUGGCGUAGAAGCUAUGCUUUCAAGGCCUUCCAGCGCCUUACAUCAGAGAUCACGCUUCCACACUUGACCCGAAUCAAGCUAGAGAAGCUCACAACGACCUCGAAGAUACUGUCCGACUUUCUUCGACCGUGUUCCGAACGUCUCAUCAGCCUCAAGCUCCGUGACAUCAGGCUACUUUCCUCAAAAGACGAGCCACGGCCAUGGGAGACUAUGUUCAUCUUCCUUGCUACAAAGUGUCCACGACUAGAACACAUACUGUUUUAUCAUCUAAUGUAUGAGCAAGGCGGUAUCUCAUACACAGAGGAACCACCCUUAGCUCCUCCUGCUGAGACGGACACGGAUGAUUACAUCGAAGACCCACUAUGGCCGGUGCAUGCUGGCCAAGCCAUGUUCGCCAAGUAUGACCACAUCACUAUGCGAGUCGACGGCCAAGAAGCAGUGAGAGCGAAGCUAGAAGAGAUCGCUGAGCGACACUGGUACCAUCGACCGCUUUUCAGCUAUGCCAUGGACGAAAGCCAGUGGCAUACAGACACGAGCGAUGAAGAGUGGUAA